AUGUGCUACAUCGAAUACACGCUAUAUGUAUGUAGUCACUGGAUUCCGCAGCCACAGCCCAAUAAUGGCCCGGUAUUGCACAUCUGCAAAGAGGCCGAGGAGUUGCGGUUCGGAUCGCCGUGUCCCGAGACUCAAAGAGAACACAGAGUGGUAAACCGAAGCCAAGGGAUGUGUACGGGGUGUUUGUGGAAGAAGGUCAGCAACUGA